ACGCCUCAGGCAAUCUUGCUUGCCUAGGCAUUGAGUCGCCCCUGUCCAAAAGCCAGAGCCGUUUUCUUCCCCUUCUCAAAUGUUCGUUUCCUCCUCUUCUCCUUCUCAAAUGUUCGUUUCUCCUUCUCUCUUACCUCAGAAGCCUCUGUUUUCCAACUUUUGUAGGAGCCAAAGGGUAUCUGGGUUAUGGAGAUAUCCCCUGACUGCGAGGAACAGCGUGGUCAGAGCAGGCCCAAAGAGGGUAUCUUUUGGUAGAGAAUGCAGGGAGGCCUUGCAAGCUGGGAUUGAUAAGCUGGCUGAUGCUGUUUCUCUCACCUUAGGACCUAGAGGACGUAAUGUUGUUCUUUCUGAGUCUGGAACGCUAAAAAUAAUAAAUGAUGGUGUUACUAUUGCUCGAUCCAUAGAGCUUUCAGAUGCUGUUGAGAAUGCAGGAGCAACGCUAAUCCAAGAGGUUGCAAGUAAAACGAAUGAUUUGGCUGGUGAUGGUACAACUACUGCAAUUGUUUUGGCUCGAGCAAUGAUCAAAUCUGGGUUGUUGGCUGUUGCUUUUGGGGCUAACCCGAUCUCUUUGAAGAAAGGUAUGGAAAAGACUGUAAAAGAAUUGGUUGAGGUCUUGAAGAAGAAAAGUGUGCCUGUAAAAGGAAGAGAUGAUAUUAAAGCUGUGGCCUCAAUUUCUGCUGGAAAUGAUGAAUUUGUUGGGAACUUAAUUGCUGAAGCUAUAGAAAAGAUUGGCCCUGAUGGAGUAAUCUCUAUAGAGUCAUCUUCAUCAUCUGAGACCUCUGUGAUAAUUGAAGAAGGAAUGAAGAUUGACAAGGGCUACAUGUCACCUCACUUCAUUACCGACCACAACAAAUCAGUAGUGGAGUUCGACAGUGCUAAAGUCCUAGUAACAGAUCAGAAGAUUUCGACUGUGAAAGAAAUUGUUCCUUUAUUGGAAAAGACUACCCAGCUUAGUGUCCCACUGCUAAUCAUUGCAGAGGAUAUCUCUGGGCAAGUACUGGAAACACUGGUGGUGAACAAAAUGCAAGGUUUACUAAAUGUUGCUGUGGUCAAAUGUCCAGGACUUGGAGAAGGAAAGAAAGCUCUGUUGCAAGAUAUUGCACUUAUGACAGGUGCUGAUUUUCUCUCGGGAGACUUGGGUUUGACACUUGAAGGUGCAACCUCGGAUCAGCUUGGCAUUGCACGAAAAGUAAUCAUAACCAGUAAUUCAACAACCAUAGUGGCUGAUCCAACUACUAAGGCUGAAAUUGAGGCAAGAAUUUUGCAGAUCAAGAAGGAUCUAGCAGAAACUGAUAAUGCAUACUUGUCAAGGAAGCUCUCAGAAAGAAUUGCUAAACUAUCUGGCGGAGUGGCUGUGAUUAAGGUAGGAGCACACACUGAGGUGGAACUUGAAGAUCGGAAACUCAGAGUUGAAGAUGCAAAGAAUGCCACAUUUGCUGCCAUGGAUGAAGGAUUAGUGCCUGGUGGUGGUACCACAUAUGUACAUCUCUCAGAGCUGAUUCCCAUCAUAAAGAAUUCUAUGGAAGAUCCAGAUGAGAAGAUUGGUGCAGAGAUUGUGGCUAAGGCGCUCCUUGAACCUGCAAAGUUAAUUGCCACUAAUGCGGGAGUUGAUGGAGACAUUGUUGUAGAGAAGACUAGAAUUUCUGAUUGGAAAACUGGGUACAAUGCAAUGACAGGCAGAUAUGAAGAUCUUCUCAGUGCUGGAGUUGCAGAUCCUUGUCGUGUUUCCAGGUGUGCACUUCAAAAUGCAGUGUCAGUUGCUGGGGUAGUUCUAAGUACCCAAGCUGUAUUGGUGGAGAAAACAAAGAAGCCCAAGCCGCCUAUCCCACUGGUUCCAGGCAUAACUCCUUAAAGCAAGGGAAAAAAGAGGUUAGGCUAGAUAAAAACUGAGAAGGGAUUUUACCAGAAUAUGCCCUAUCGUGUUGGCUCAAGACCAAGCUUGUGAAUGUGAGUUUGCUUGGUUUAUACUUGAGAUGUUGAGGUAGCUUUAGAAGCUGCAAAGAGGCCAGGCAAGUCCACUUUCAAUCUGAGCCUUUGGAUUGCGAGAACAUGAAAUGCCGCAGAUGGAGAAAAGGGAAUGCGUGGAGUAACGGUCAGUCUUCAGUUCCUGUAAACAUCAGUUUGCAUUUUUUGUUGAUAUUUUGUUUUUGGAUUUUUAUGUAAAUUACAAAACGGAAUUUAUGCAUGCAAGAGCAAUGAUGGUGGAAGAAGUUUGUUUUUCUUAUCUCAUA